CAUAAAACUUUUGAAAGCAACUCCGGUGCGCUCACCAACGCUUCUAUUUCGUUGUAUAAAGGAAGUAAUGGCUGCCUGCAACACUCAGAUCUCAGAGCAACUGGAAGAGGAUUUUCUACAAUGUAAGAUCUGUUUUGAGGUAUACCGGACCCCUCGCACCUUGUCCUGCCUUCACUCUUUCUGUGAGCCGUGUCUGGAGCAGCUGCUGGACAAGCAGAAGGGCACAGUAACCUGUCCGGAGUGCCGGACAGUCAUUGACCUGCAGGGCUGUGUCCGCAAUGCCAAAGCCAGCUUCUUCAUCAACAGCCUCUUGGACCUGUUCCGCUCCAAAACCACCAAAGAAACCUUCUGCUCAUUGUGUCCAGCCCUGGGGAAGACCGUUGUGCCGGCCUCCUCUCGCUGUCUGGACUGUGCUGACUUCCUGUGCACAUCCUGUGCCCAGGGCCACUGCCUCUCCAAACUGACUCUGGGGCACCAGGUGGUAAGUCUGCAGGACUACGUCGCUGGACGCUACGAUGAGGAGGCCAGGAGCAAGGAGGAGCGCCGCUGUCAGAGCCACCAGGAGCCACUGAGGUUCUACUGCAGCACCUGCUCCAGCUCCAUCUGCAGGGACUGCCGCAUGCUGGAGCACUUCUCCCACCAGGUGCUGUCCCUGGCACAGGCCACCACGGCCAGGAGGCCCCAGCUGGAAGAGCUGAUAAGCAGCCUGGACGGCAGCAUGAGGAGUCUCUCCCAGCAAGAGCAGGAGGUGGACUCCGCCGUACAGCAGCUGAAAGAGGCAGAAAAUGUCAUUAAAGAUCAACUCUCAGGACACAUAUCUGCAGUGCUGGAGCAGCUUUUCUCUCAGCAGGAUGCCGUUUGUAAAGAACUGGCCAUCUUUGUUGAACAGAAGGAGAAGGAGUACUUAUCACUUAAAAAGGAACUCCAUGGUCACAUCAACACAGCAGAGAAUACAAAAGACUUCUCCACUCAAGUCAUGCAGAAGGGAAAAGACUAUGAAAUUCUGGAUCUGGAGGGGACCAUUCAGAGCCAAAUUGAGAGACUCCAGAAACUCAGAUUUGCAGAAGUUGAGAGGAAAACACCUUUUCUGAUGAUAAAAGAUCUAAAUACAGACAGUUUCAGUGGAAUCUACCAGUUAAGAUUUGAUACACCCAGUGACUCUCUAAAGAAUCUGACAGAACCGGACACCAGCAUCAAACCAGAGCCUGAAACAAUAGCUCAGACAGCUGCUGAGGCAUGCCUUCAGACAGUCAUUGCCCCUCAACAUGAACAACCUAAGCUAAAGACAGAGCCCAAGCCUCAGCCAAAGGUACAGUCACAACAAAAAGCCCAGGCACAACCACAGUCAAAGCAGGAGACACAACCAGAACCACAGUCAAAGAAGGCACAGCCAGAACCACAGUUAAAGCAGAAGGUACAGCCACAACCACAGUCAAAGCAGAAGCCACAGCCACAACCACAGUCAAAGCAGAAGCCACAGCCACAACCACAGUCAAAGGAAAAGACACAGUCACAACCUCAGUCAAAGAAGGCACAGUCCAGAACACAGUCAGCACAGAAGGCACAGCCACAACUAAUGCCAGCAAUGGUACCUCUGCUGCCAUUUGGAAUUCCGAAUGUUUGCAUUCCAACACCUGUUUCUUUCUUGUUUAAAGUUUAUGGCUCUGGGGCUAUGGAAAUUGUCAAAGAUCUCGACUGGACAGGGACCAGAAUGCAGUACGCUAUCGCAGCCUAUAAGAACAAAUACGUUGCAGUGAGUGAGGCGGCCUCCUGCCAGCUUACGCUUUACAACCCAUGGGGUCAUAAAGCUGGACGUGUGAAUCCAAACUACAAUGGAGGGAGGUUUGCCUACCUGGCAGUGAACAGCAGAGAAGAAUUCAUCGCCUCUGACACUGUGAAGAAAUGUAUUGUCAUUUUCAGACGAAAUGGGGAGGUCAUCAACAUGUGUACAUAUGCUGACACCUUUUCCUUUAAUCCUGGAAGCGUCUGCGUGGACACGUCGGACAAUAUUUAUGUCAUAGAGGGAGGGAGGGUCAUUCUGCUGACACCAUGGGGCCAGUUUGUGCGGGUCUUGCUGGACUUCAGUGAUGGAUUCUCACCAAAGCUUAUCACAGCUGAUCACAGCAGACACCUCAUCCUGGUGGAUUGGGCAGGUAUGGUUAGGAUCUACAAAGUGUAG